AGUGCCUACGAUGGUUAUCAGUGUUUGAUUUUUAAACAAAAGUUAUUAUGAUGAAUAAAUUCUCGACCAAUUUACACAGCCACGACGCACCGUUUACAAAUCUAUGUAUGUUCCAGAUUGACUGACUGAGCCAGACAGCUCCGCCCACGAUGGUCAUCUACAUCUGGAACAAAAAAGUGAUUCGGCGCAAGAACUUCCCCAUCCACUUACUGCGCGUCUACACGCUCAAGAAAUACAGCGUAUGAUGACCGGGUUGUGACAGGAGCCUCGCGAUGGGAGGUCUGGAGUUCGAGUUCGGUUGAGUGACCACGAUGGCCUUCUCUCACCCGUUCUCGUUCGCGAUCGUCAGUUGUGUCCUACCGUGGUUGUUGUUGUGCGCAGUACGUACCAAACAGCCGGUAUCCGUCCGCCUCCCCCUCUCGCCACCCCCCACCACCCGCAACAGAACCCCUCAGCAUGCGGCGGGGACCCCGGUCCAGUUGCGCCUAGCUGUCGCCUACUCGGCCCACUACGAUGUGGUAGUGACCCGGGCGGUCAACCGCACCUUGACCGCACUGUCCGCCGACCUAACCGCCGCGGGCUUCUCCCUCACCCCCAUCUACAGCCCGCUGCCAACAACCUUCUCAGCCCCCUACCUCGCCGACCUCAGUGCCGCGUGGGCUAACCGGUCCGUCGUCGCGGUACUCGUGUUCGCUACCGACGGUCCCGGCCUCACGCCUGCCCUCGCCGCCGCCGCCUCCGACCUCCCCGUCCUUUGGGCCACCGGUGAGGUCGGCGACGGCUACCUCAGCAGGCCAUCGUAUGCUUAA